GAUAAUAAAGUAAAUGCGCGGCAGUUGCAGUUAGUACGCACAAAACAAUCAAAGAAUAAAUAAACGGACGCACGUCCCGCGCUGUAUUAUCAGAAACAAAUGUGAGUGUAAAAUGCGUGCGUGCGGCGAGACUCGAACGUAGCCAUGUAUGUACAUACAUACAGAUGUAAGUUCGUAUAAAGCUGAGGCCAGCGAAACCAACAACUAACUGGCCCUUUGUUAAUGAAUUUUGGCACAUUUGUCAAAUACCGCGCGAUUUGAAUAUGUCAAUGGAGCACUGCGUCGGCCGCAUGUAAAAAGCCAACGUCGAGAGUGACGCGCGUGUACAUACAUAUAUACAUACAUAAAUACGAAGUAUGUUGUUUUUGUAAGACAAUCCAAGCAAAAAACGCGUAACAAUCUCGUUGCGGUGAAUGUCGUUUGCAACUGAUGUGUUUUAAAAAAUGCAUUUAAUUCAUAUUACCAAUACAUAAUUUAAAGUGGAAAAGUGUGUUGUGGCAUAAUUAAUGCGAUAAAAAAAUACCUACCAGCUAAUGAAGAAUACAUAGUUACGGUGAUAACAACGGUAAAACAAAUGGAAAAAAUGCAUCCCCAACAAAAGCUCCUGCCAAUUAAGAAUUCAGACACACAAAAAAGCAGCAAAAGCUGAUUAAUUUACAAUUCAAUUCGACCUUCAGUGAAGUGCAAAAACUAAGUGAAGAAAAACUGUAACUGUACUAAUUUGUAUACAAAUUUGCAAAAUUUCCUGUAAAGUGGAUAACGCGUUCGCCGUCGUUAAGCUUACGGCCCGCUCCAAUAUAACAACCAUUGACGCUGUUGAGGGCGACGGCGACGUUGGCGAUUACAAUAAUCACCAACAACUCGAUCUACAACUACAUUCAACAGCAACAACACAGCAUGAGCCAAACUCACCGCCGCCUCAAACUGAGCAACUACGACAGGAACUGGAACUGGAACAACAACAGCAGCAGCAGCAGGAGCGGCAAUUUGCCACAACAGCCUUGCCAUCCAUUUAUGAGCAUCAGCCGCUAGGCGUAUCAUCUCAUCCCGACCAUCAGCAACAGCAUCAGGAGCAAAAAUUUUACAAUCAUUUCUAUACGCAUGACGAUUUCGCACAAACCCUCUAUCAACAUAAGCAACAACAGCAGCAGCAACAGCCAUAUAGAACACAAUCAUACGAGCAGAAUCAACAAUAUCAGCAUUAUACAUAUUAUCGACAUCAGCAACAAGCAACACAACAUCAACAACUAAAAUUACUCGAAAUGUUUGCCCUGCAACCAACACCACCCAUGGGCGCCGUUAUUUCGCCCUGGUCGGGCACCAUGAUCGACCGAAUACCGACGCUCGAUGACAUGCCGCAUAAAGACAAUGUAAUUGCGAUGAGAAACCUACCAUGUUUGGGUGUUGGUGUCGGUAGUAGUAAUGGUAGCAGCGGCGGCAUCGGCGUCAGCAGUAUCAGCGGCGUUGGUGUCGGCGGUGGCAGCGGUGGUAUCGGUGUUGUCAGUGGCGGCGUUGGAAUCGGUGGCGUCGUUGGCGGGCACGGUACGGGCAAAUCAGCCGCUGUUGCCGCUGCUGCUGCUGCUUUGGAUGCAACAACUUCAGCGGAAGCGCAACCACCCAUAACGCCACACGCAACGCCGUCAUAUUUCGCCACAACAUACUACCACCUAAGCGACGAUGAAUGUCACAGCGGUGUAAAUCAGUUAGGUGGUGUGUUCGUGGGAGGACGGCCGCUUCCUGAUUCAACGCGUCAGAAAAUUGUUGAGUUGGCACAUUCUGGUGCCCGCCCUUGUGACAUAUCACGAAUAUUGCAAGUUUCCAAUGGCUGCGUUAGCAAAAUUUUGGGCAGAUACUAUGAAACUGGUAGUAUUCGUCCCCGCGCCAUUGGCGGCUCGAAGCCGCGCGUUGCCACCGCGGAGGUUGUGAGUAAGAUUUCUCUGUACAAACGUGAAUGCCCCAGCAUCUUUGCGUGGGAGAUACGCGAUCGACUGCUGCAGGAAGGAAUAUGUACGAACGACAACAUUCCCAGUGUUUCCUCCAUUAACCGAGUGCUGCGCAACUUGGCCGCCCAAAAGGAACAACAGCAGCAACACGGCUCGCUUUUAACGAAUGGCAGCAGCAGCAGCAAUGGCGGCAGUGCAAGUAGCGCCACUGGCAACCCGAACGCUUCCAACCCCACGAGCAGUGCUGCCGGCAAUGGCUUAGGUGGAGGUUCCACCAGUGGCGGCAGUGGGGAAUUGAUGCAGACAACCAACACACCGCUGAACUCCGACGGCAGUAUGAGUAGCAGUGUCGGUGGUGGAGACGGCGAUGGCGGCACGACGAAUGGUAGCGUUGCUGGUAUUAGUGGCACCACAGACUCUGCGGAUGCUGUUUACGACAAGCUACGCCUGCUAAAUGGCCAACAUCAACAUAGCGGCAUAGGCUCAAACUCAUCACUUCCACCGCCGGCGGGCACGCUGGCACCUGCGGCUCCACAUCAUUAUCACCACCUGCAGUCGCACUCGCACCCACAGACACACCCGCAUAUGCACGCCUCGGCCACAUCGCUGCCGCCCCACCACGCACAUCACCUACCGCACACGCACCAUCAUGCUAUAUCAAAUCAAAGCUGGCCGCCACGACACUAUUCUACUUCAUGGUAUUCGCCUCCGCUAAAUCGUGGCGCUGGUGGUGGCGGGGGACCAGUCUCCAGCGGGGUGAACAGCGCCAGCAGUGGCGGCAUUUCAUCGCCAACGGAAAUUGUGACCUCAGCUUUUGCUUCGGGUGUACAGCCGCUUAGUCCGCACGGAGGCGGUGGUGGCGCCGCCAACGUCAACGGCGGCAGUGGGAGCACCAGCAACUUGUCCUCCGCGCAACACAACAGCUGCCCAAUGACCGAUGAAAUACUACUGAAAAAGGAGCUCGAUGGUCAUCACUCGGAUGAGACUGGGUCGGGAGAAGGCGAGAAUUCCAAUGGAGGUAUUUCCAAUAUUGGCGCUAAUGAUGAUGACCAAGCCCGCCUGAUACUUAAACGUAAACUGCAGAGGAAUCGCACCUCCUUCACCAACGAGCAAAUCGACAGUCUAGAAAAAGAAUUCGAACGCACUCAUUAUCCGGAUGUAUUUGCACGUGAGCGCUUGGCUGGAAAAAUAAGCCUGCCAGAGGCUCGGAUACAGGUUUGGUUUUCUAAUCGGCGCGCAAAAUGGCGACGCGAGGAGAAAUUGCGGAAUCAGCGCAGGACACCCAACUCCACCGGUGGCGGUUCAACCGUUUCUGCAACUUCCGUCACCGACAGUCCCAACAGCGGCAGCGGCGCCACCCUCGUACCCACCGGAACACGAAUGUUUUUUGAUUAUUUCGGCUAUGCUACGCCAACGACAGAUGCACCGAACCCCGACAGCAUUAUUUCAUCGUCUCCAUUAGCGAAUAACUCAGCGUCCGCGGUAGCAGGUGCUGCAGCCGCGGCGUCAGGGGAGUCCCAAACCACAGUCGGGGGACCGGCCAGCGGUGCCGGCACUCCCGAACAUCUCGGCAGCGGGCAGCACUCUUCAUCGGCCAGCAGCAGUGCCAGCGGUACAAGCGUUGCGAACCUGGGCCAUAGUAAUGGAGGUGGGCAAUCCGACGGCGGGCGGAACUGCGCCGGAAUGAUGGGACUGGGAGCGACCGGCAAUGGCACAUGUGCACCGAUUGGCGCAGUGCACACAUAUAAUCCAGCGGCGCAUCACGCACACACCACUCAUCCUCACCUAGCUAGUUCCAUUGUGCCAUCGAUAUCGCCGCGACUCAAUUUGAACAGCGGCUUCAGCGGCUCAAUGGGAUCAAUGUAUCCAACAAUACACCACCACUCCACUAUGUCUAUGAGCGAAACCUACAGUUCUAUGGCGUCCAUGUCGUCCUUCACGCAUCCCUCGAUAACAUCAAUUCCCGGCUCACCGAUGUCCCAGCCACGUGAUCUGACCCCGCCAUCCCUGUACCAGUGUCAUAUGUCGUUGCGCGCUCCUUUGCCGCCUCCUCCGCAUCACCACGCCGUGGUAGGCGGCUUUAGCCUACCGGUAUCGAACGCAGCGCAUGGCAGUGGUAAUGCGAUGGUCGCUAGCCCUGGCACGCCCGGCAGCAGCCUUUCUAACCUUCAAUCACCAUGCAGCGGCUACGAUGGCAGUCUGGGUACUUACGGCCAAACAUUAGGCUUGCAAUCACCAACGGCACUACCGCCACACUCUUCCGCCACCGUUUCCUCGUUGCCACAAGUUUCCAGUGAGAGUCCGUUGACAGCAUUGAAUUGCAGCAGUCGGCCGACGACAAUGAAUAUCGGCAAUACGCGGACGCUGUCCGCACGUAAUUCACCUUGCAGCCCGUGUCAUCAGCUAAGCACACCCAACAAUGGUAGCGGAGGAAACGGGAGUGUAACCUCGGGUCCCACUGACAGCUAUUCCCAAAUGGGAUAUGGCUACGCGGCAGCAACGGCAGUGGCGACAGGGGUGUGCAGUAACAAUGGUAGCGCCACGUCAGGGACAACGACAAGCUCACAAAACCAGCCAAGCAAGCAGCAGCAGUUUUUUGCCUCAUGCUUUUACUCGCCCUGGGUUUGAGUUUUCCAUUUCGGCGACAAUUAUGUCUAAUGGUCAAGCAGUCUGACAUUCAUGCAGCAAACCCGUGUACCGCUACAAUGGAUUAAGACAAGUUUAGCAUAAGCAAAUUACAAAAAAAAAAUGGUUUUUUCAAUAACCUGGUCAUUAUAUUUCAGUGAAAAACUUUUACUUUACUUUAUUGAGAUCUCAACUGAAACUAAAAUUAAAUCAAAAAGACUAAAAACGUUUGAGGCAUAUCCGAAAUUUGUUUGUAAUAAUAAUUAUUAUCUAGUAAAUAUAUUACUGAUUUGGUUUAAGCUUACCAAUACCGGACAUUCACAAAAGUAAAUAAAUUCCAACGGAUGUAACAAAAAGGACUGCAUUACAUACUCCUCUAAAGACAACAGGUCUAAGGUCCUUUUGAAAAGGUUUAGGUCGGACACCAGUCCUUCGUCCGCGAAUAACAAUAUGCCUUCCGGUGAGUGUAACCGACUGUACUCCAAACCCAGCAGAACCUGGAAGAACUAACCCCGCAGGGUGGCGUCUUCCAACUACUACUGUUAUAUUUCUAUAUAUAAAAACUUUCUCCUCACCUGAGAGCGCAUCCUUGAGUGCUGGACUUGGCUGUUCAAUUUUAGCGCCUUGUUCCAGUUUUUUCACUGCUCGAAAUGUCAUACUUUUCCCUGCUAAAUUACGGCCAAUCUGUAAUUGAGAACGCUUCUGCUACAUUCACAUUCUGCAUGUGAUUUUUUACUAGCAUUCAAUAACAUAAAUUGUGAACCAAUCUCAAAAGUGGUUGUUAUAUUUUUAAAUCAAAAAAUCACAUUUUUGAAACGAAUUAUUUAUGUAUGUAGGUACAAAUGUAUGUAUAUAUAUGUUGAUGGAAACUCAAUUAAUUCUAUCCUGGUAAAAAGGCAUUAACAUAAUAAAUCAAAUCAUACAUCUUUUUAGGAGUCGUAUUUAAACGUACUUAUGUAUUAUUUGUUAUUCGAAUAUGGCAUUAACAUAAUAAAUCAAAACAUACAUCUUUUUAGGAGUCGUAUUUAAACGUAUGUAUUAUUUGUUAAACGCAUAUGAUGCCUGUACCUCAAAAUGCCAAAAAAAUUAAAAAAUUUUAUUUUACUUGAGAAAAGUUCCAAAAUUUGCUUUGUUAAUUUUAAAUUUUUCUAAAAGUAAAAAUCUUUCGAGAACCUGUUAAGAAGGUAAUUUCUGUAGAAUGAGCUACUACUAACUCCUUAUUGACGGCGAAGUGACAUCGUGGCGAUCGGAAAGAAAAUUCUGUUCCAUUUGCUGGCAGGGCAUAUUUUUCAAUUCGUUCUGUUAUAUUACGCUCCAAAUGAUGUUCUACUGGUAUGUAAUCAUAGAAGAAAAAGCAUACAAUUAAAAUACCUAUCACACACUCAUGUGGUCAUAAAUGAAUAUGGUGCAGAAUUCGUGCUAUUAAUUAUCGCAUAACAUGAGCAUAUAAAGUACAUAUGUGCAUACUUUUAUACAUACAUACAAAUAGAUUCCUAUCUAUAUAUACAUAUAUAAGUAACGUAAAAGUAGGGGAGUCUCGAAAGUACUGUUAAAGAAAAGAAAAUACACAUACAUAUUAAUGUACAUAUAAAAUUGCAUUAUAUAUCAAGUUCCAAAAUAAUUUUCUGUAAUGAAUUAAUUAAUAUAUGUAUGCAAGUCUUCAAAUCGAAUUUACAUUUGUACAUAUCUCGUUUCGAGUGCGACUAAGAAGUAGAAAAUAAAACUGUACUCAUUGUAUGAACUUGUAAAUACUUUUAGAGCUAUGUAUAUUCGUUUUACCAUAAUAUAAGAUUUAUAUACACCUACAUACAAAAGGUGUUUACGAUUUGGUAAGUUCUAGGCCAUCUAAAAAUGCACGCGUAGUUUAAAACAUAUCGCAAAGGGUAUUCAAAAAUAUAGAUACAUAAGUAUCUGUAUUUACAGUAUUUCUUGUGAUUUGCCAGCGAAACAUUUGUUAAACAUUAUGUAUUUUUAGUAAAGAAAACUCACAAUAUUUAAUGCUUUUCGAUCACUGUAGUACCUAUUAAAGAACAUAGAAAAGUAUUCUCAGAAAGGGGAGGCUGUUGGGGACUUUUCGGAGACAUACGAUAUGUAAAGGUAAGUAUGGAAUGAGAUGGAGGAGGAAAGUAUCACAAAAAUAACUUGGUACAAAUCUUCUCCAACUAUAAAUGUACGAAAUUAUCCCUCCGCAGUCUUUUAUUUUGUGUUAGUGAAUUGGAUGUGGUGAACACUGUUACCACAGCCUCCCAAAAAAAUUAUCCAAAAUUUUGCCAAAAAGGUAUCCAAAAGUAUCCACUUUUUUGGUUUUAAGGAUCCACUUCCAGAUUUUGUCUUUUUAGUUUGUAUAAAUAACACCUAAACCAUUUCAUCUUUCAUUAAUAUUCGCUUUUAAUACAUUUGGAAAACAUUAUGUUUUCUAGUGUUUCUAGAGAUUUGAUUUAUUUGUUGUUGAGAUCAGAAAAUAUGCGCUCUGCAGCGGCGGAGUUAUGGGGCAAGCAAAACAAAUUAUAGAAAUAAAGCUGAUUGAUUAUAUAAAGUUUCGUUCAA